AUGGUGGGCGGGGCUCCGUCGCACGGACGUCUCUUGUUUAAAAUGUCUCCUUAACAACUGAGCUGGAGCCAAACAUUGGAAGUUUCCUCCGGACAAACGCGUCGAGUCGGGAUGGCGGGGACUGGCGAGGGGAAGAAAGAAGAGGCCGACUACAAGAGACUGCACAGCUUCCCUCUCAUCAGGCACACAGACAUGCCUGAGGAGAUGAGGGUGGAGACCAUGGAGCUGUGCGUCACCGCCUGUGAGAAGUUCGCCACCAACAACGAGAGCGCGGCGAAGAUGAUCAAGGAGUCCAUGGACAAGAAGUUCGGCAGCUCGUGGCACGUGGUGAUCGGGGAGGGCUUCGGCUUCGAGGUGACGCACGAGGUGAAGAACCUGCUCUACAUGUUCUUCGGGGGCAGCCUGGCCGUGUGUGUGUGGAAGUGCUCGUAGCGCCUCCCCGCCGCCGACGCAGCGACAAGCACCAGCCAGCGGCGAGCGCCAGUCCGCCGGGCCGCGUGGCCGACACAGACGGCCCCGGUCCACCUCGGUAGUUUGAGAGUAAAAAAGGGAAUUCUGGGUGACGAGCAGCUUCUGGAAUUCACGACUCCUUUUCGUCUUUGUUUCGAACCCUGAGCUCGUCUCGAGCGUGCGACUGAGUUCAACCGUUACAGAAAGCCCAACCAGCCAGGGUCUCCAAAGUCCUUCUAUCCUCAUUCCUCUGCAGGGAGCGCGUGUGUGCGUGACCGGGUUUCUAUACCAGUGUGUGCUGGACACGCACAGCUUUUCGGUUUGAACAGCAUUACCGGCGACGCCGAGCCGUCCUCGCCAUCCGUACCUUCUCACGCGUGUCUUUCUCUCUCCUACCGCACUAGUCUUUCAAUAAGAUUUGUAAUAUUUUUUAUGUGUACAUAUUUUGAUGCAACUUGAAGAGCUUCUUUUUAAAGACCAGUGUCAUCUUCUUACGACCGACGGCUCGGAUCCCGCCGGGCCGAGCGCCGGGCCCGGCCGAGCCGCCUCUCCUCCUCUGCUGAGGCGUUUGUAAUAACCCCUGAUACGAUCGCCCCUCUGGGCGACAAUAGCAAUGUGAUUGUUUCAUGUUGGCGCCAGUUUUAAUGCGACGGAGCAUCCUGUGUGAACUGACUUGAUUGUAAAAUAAACUGAUAUGUGGUUAUAAAGGAACGCAGACUCUGUGUGUG